AUGGCAUCAAACCCUGGCAGUGCCAUCGACAGCAAUGCAGACAAGGACAGCCCGAAGCCGAAGAAACAAGUCUCCGAUAAAGCGAAGGCCGCCAGCAAGAACGAUGUGUCUAUGAUCGUACUUGCAGGAGAAAGCAACUGCACGGUGCCGAUCUACGAGACAUGCGACGACACGCGCACCAAGAUCAACCGGUACAUGCGGGAGACGACCGGGGCGACAAACGCCGGAUUCGUGCGCAUGGUUAACACUGCCGCGGACGCAGGUGGCAGCUUCCGGCCUGCCACACCGCGCCAUCUGACUGCAUUCCUAAAGGGCAAGGGUCCAACCAAAGGCUGCGAGAACCCGGUCUUCUACGCCGCGUACGUCUUCUUCGAGAAACUGCGCAUCAAGGAAGGGAAGCCGAAGAGUAAGAAGCGCGACGAGAUGGAGGGCGUUUGGAAGGAGGCCGGCAUGGAGCUGAUCGACAUUUCGGUUAGAGGCGUGUGGACGGAGAAUGGGAAGACCCCAUAUGAGGAUAAAUACGUUCUGGAGGGAGGAGGCACAGUGUAG